GGACUCGAUCAGUGGGUGGUUCGAUGCGUGUGCGGAACGUGCGACGACGACGGCGAACGGAUGAUUUGCUGCGACGCGUGCGAGGUGUGGAUGCACACGAGGUGCGUCAGCAUAGCGGACUCGCAGGGAACGCCGAGGAAGUGGACGUGCGCCGACUGCGAGGACAAGGGUAAGGUUUCGAGCGGC